GGCGCAACUUGUUCCGCACCGUAACCGCAGUCACCAGUUCUGUAAUACAACUUCAGCGUAUCGUCAGUCCGCGUGAGUUUGUACCGACGUUUGUGCUCUCCGCAUCGAAAAAUGUAUCCCCGUCGAGGAAAUUCAAAGGUAAUUCCACUAUCGGAGACGCAUAUGAUUGACGUUGAAAAAUUCAUAAUUGAGGUAAAAAAAAAGCCAAUAGUCUAUGACUAUAGACACGAUAUGUAUGGAGACAGAGCGGCAAAAACCAAAGCAUGGAACGAAAUUGCUGCAGCCAUUAUCGACGAUUGGGAGCGUAUGAGUUCGGAAACACGGGAAACUAUGGAGAAAAUUUUGCGGAGUAAAUGGCGACAUAUCCGCGAUUAUUUUACUAAGGAACUCAAGGCGCGACAGCUGACAGCAGCAGGAAGUCCCAGAAAGAGAAAACCAUACGCUUAUUUCAAAAACUUGUCAUUUCUGUUGCCAAUAAUCGAGGCCAAGAAGGGAACAAUGACGGCUAAUGGGGACACAAACGAGUACAAAACGGAGGAAGUCAUGUGUGAAGGGGAUACUGAUUCACUAGACGUUACUUUCGAGAACAGUCCACAACCCACUGUAUCAUAUAUGAAUCACUCAAAUGGAUCUACAAGUAAUUCACACAUGAUUGAUCCUCUCUCAGAGACGUCCCUGGGGCCCUUUGACACCGACAUUCCCGAAGUUAUUUCCUCGCACAGUGGCCAGAGAGCUAUACUAGAUGAGGAGGACUACGAGAAAAUGUUUCUCCUCUCACUAUUGCCCUCCCUUCGUCUAGUACCGGAGAACAUGAAGCUGCAAGUAAAAAUAGAUAUGCAACAGGUUAUAGCUAAUGCUCUGCACACCAAUAACACAAGGAGUGGGUUACUGUCGUAGAGGCAGCUGGCGUGCGGUAAACCACUGGCCGCAACCCUGCGUCGGCCGUGCAUCACACCGGCCACUGUAUCAACCCCAACGCCCUCCCGACGCACCAAACCCCCGGGAUUGCACACCACAUUGGCUAUUUCUGCACUCACGACACGGUGUAUACUAGGGUCCAUGCACCAGUUAUCAUCUAGACGAGGGUAGUAACGAAUUUUUAACUUCUCGACCCGAGAAGAGGAUUAUUAGAUGGCAGCGUAAAAUCUCCGAAUGAAAAGUACAUGAGAAUGAGAGAGUAGUUACAUCACUAUCGAUUUUUGGUGACGCUUUUUGUUCACAUGAUUAUCGCCGAACAUGAGUCAGUACAACCUGAGGUAGUCAAUGUACGAGCACGAGCUCAUAUUCCACAUAAUGAGGGCGGACGAGAAACAUCAAGAGAUGCGCCACAGCGAACGUUCGCGGGCGUAAUUGAAAUUUGCCAGAAGGGCCCUCUCUCCCAUCAGACGAGGCCGCCUUUUCACUGCAACCUAUCCCCGGAUCUCCUUCAUAUACUAAAUUUUCGAUUAUCGGCCUUAAUCCGCCGUUACAAAUCAAUUCCUCAAACACGUAUCGCAGAUAAAGCAAUCAGAGUGCCGAAUUACUUCAUUAAUUUCAAAAAAAUGAAAAAUUAAACCUAAAAACUAGCACAUGAUACUCACAUACUGAUGAAUUUUUCAGGUGGAUAAUGGUUGGAAAUUAUCGUCAGCACAUCGGAGUCCAUUGUUUCAAGGUUUUUCAGCCGACAAAAAGCAUGAAACAAAAAAAAUAUUCCAUUAUAAGUAUUUCGUGGGAUUAAAAACUUCCUGUUGAGUGGCGAAGCAAAAAAAAAAUACAAAUAAACUCUCGAGCUCUGGUGGCUCGUGUCUAACUUGGCAAGCCAAUCCGUCAUGAUCAACUCGGGACCUGUGAUUUAAUUGUCACCAUUCCAGAUAUGGCCCCGAUAUCGCGAGGAAGGGAACGAAAGUCCAAAACAGAAGAGAAAGCGAGCCAAAAAAAAAAUUAUAAAAUAGGUGAACCAUGAGCUCACGUGAUAGCGCUCAUCACGAAUCUCCCCCCGCCCCCCCCCGACCUGGGAAUGCGCCGGAAUAUCAAGAAGAAUUGUUCAAAAAUCGCUGAAAAAAAAAUAUAACGAUAAAAAAAAAUAUCGAAACACCUAGAACACCCGUUCAUCACUUUGUCCUGGCACUCGUGUUGUUCUCCAUACGCCAGGGCACCGUGUGCACCCGAUGCACUUCAGUAGAAUAUAAGUUUAGAUGCGUGGUGCACGAGAGAGUGAGUGUAUGUCUCGUGGUUCUGUAUAAUUUGACAUGUUGUCGUACACGUUAUUAUUCAGAUAGAUCUCGAGAUACGCGGGUAGUCGGUUGAGUCUCUCCUUCCUCACCCCUCCCUUCCCUCGUCGUAGUCCCUCAACUUCUACCUCCCCUCCCGCCCCUUCUACUGCCUCUUUUAACCUCUUCGUAUCCUUUUUCAACCCCCGCAUGUAUACAAUACAAGUGUCGUAACAUGCACGAAGGAACUGACGACGAAUUUAAUGUCACGAGAGCUGAGAAACACGCUCCUCCCCAUUACCACAAAAUUGAGAAUAAUUUUUUUUUUUCAUUAACUGGCUAACGUUUUUUCAUUGGGGUUUUUGUGUCUGAAAGAAUAUAGAGAGAAAAGCUUGAGAAACGUUCUGGCGACGGUCACUGAAAA